AUGCCACCGCCGUCGAAUCAGUUUCUCGUAGGACAGCGCGCGAGUCGGCUGUACGUCAGCCGCGUCUCCAGACUCUUCUUUGCGCAGCUAGACAAGGGCUUUGCCUCCCCGUACGUGCUGCUCGCCUCCGGCGUAUUCUUCUCGUACUUGGCAUGGCAGGUAACGGAGCAUUACGUUCGGCCACGCCAGGAGCUGCUGGCGCAGCGCCGCCCAGUCCAGCGCGUCCCGUUCGAGUCGUCGCACAACGUGUUCUGGGGUUUUGCCAACCCCGGCGAGGCCGGCGUUUCCGCUUCUGUCGGCCGCGCACCAGAUGUCGAGGACGUUGCGAGCAACUUGUUCCUGCCGCAGUCGGCGAACGAAGGGCAGGAGGAGGCGAUGCGCCGCCCGCAGCUGCUCUUCAGCGAGGCGAGCGAGUUGCACGAGCGGCCGUCCGCGGCGAAUCCCUCUGGCGAGGUGGACGUUGUCUGCCUCGAACUCUCUGAGUUCUCCCCCGCGCUGCGCGACGACGUCUACUACCGCAGCGUGCACUACGUCCCGGCACAGGGUAGGUCAGCUGCGGCCUCUUCAACGGGGUAUCAAGGGUCCUUGCCGAAGGAGUCGAAGCAGGCAAGUAGCAGCAGCGGCUCGAGCUGGAAGUCGAUGAUGAGCCCCGGCGAGGUGGGCGCGACUUGCUCUGCUUCUUUUGGCGUCUCAUCGGCCACUGCAUCUUCACCGACCACAGCGGAGGUGGAAAAGGUCACGUCAACCACGGACUACUUCCAGUUUAUGCCUGGCCGAGGCGAUGAGGUGAUACAUGGCAUGAUCAAGUGCAAAGGCGUGACGACACAGAACAACUGCGUCCCCUAUGCCGGGCACCUCGAGGAGGAAUACGCGCGCAAGCUCAUGCUGACGCUCGGGCCUGUGCACAUCCUGCGCGACGCCACCCAAACGAUGUUGCCGCGGCGCUUCUCUUUUGUCAAGCAGGUACCCGUCGAGACGCUGGUACUCGGCAUGCACUCGGGCGAGAUGCCACGGUGGCUAAGCACGUGCUACCCGAAUUUCAAGGUGCAUGUGGUGGAGAAGGAUGGCACGCUGGUGCGGCUGUGCAAGCGGUUUCUGGGUUUUCAGGAGUCGAGCAACCUCACGGUGCACGUCGACGACCCUGUCGAGUACGUGCGGCGCCAGGCCGUCAUGACAGCCUACGGCAACACGGCCGACAGCGAGGUCAAGCCAUAUGAGUUGGUGCUGAUUGAUGCGAUGGACGGUGCGGGGCGACUAAGCACGGAGUACGGCCGCCUGGAGUUCAUCAGUAACAUCCGCCGCAUCAUGAGCAACAACGGUUGCGUCGCCGUCACUCUCCCUAACAAGGAUGCUGGGUUUGUCUUCAACAUGGUGCAGAACUGGCGCAUGGCGUUUGCAGGGCGGCCGGUGGUGCUGGUGCACUGCGUGACGUCGCCCUGCACGAUCCUCAUGACUUUCCAGGACACCGCCACGCGUGGCAAGGCGAAUAUCGGCAGUGUCGCCAAAGUGGAGGAGUUUCAGGAUGUGCUGCGGGAGCACAUUCGGCAUUACGGUGCGGACCGCGUGCAGUUCGACAUCACGCGUGAGGUGAGCGCGUCCAACUUCAGCGUGCUGAACCCAGAGCAGACGUACGGGAUAGAGGUGUACCUGCCUGCCGGCCACCCCGCGAUCCUUGCGGCGAGGCACCAGGAGGUGCAGGAGGCGAUGCUGCGCAAGAGUCGCAGCCAAGGCUGGGGCGCGUGGUUGCGCCGCAUAACCAGAACAACACUGUCGGCGAGUCAGCGCAGCGAUCUUGAUGGCGACUGA